UGGGCUAAUUUCCGCUUCCAGGUGAAGCUUUCCAGAGGCGCCCUCCUGAAGCUCGGAACCCGCCAUGGAGGUGUUGGGCGAAUUUAUCGGGCCGGACGGGCAGAGCCAGCAGCUGCGGGUGACUUGUGAGGCGCCGGGAGACGGCGACCCUUUCCAAGGACUGUUGUCGGGCCUCGCCCAGAUGAGGGAGCUGGUGGCCGAGCUCCUACCCACCCAGGUUCAGCGGAAAGGGCAGGACCAGGUGGCGGCGGCUCCGGACGAGGCCCUGGACGGUGAUGAUGAAGAUGAUGCAGAAGAUGAAAUUAACAUUGAUAACAUAACUAACUCAGAUGGACCAUCUGCAAAACGUCCAAAACCACCACCUUAACAGAUUUUAUAAAAGUUAAGACUGCUACUAUAUCUUAGUUAUCAUGCACUGAUAUCUACACUCUAAUUUGGAAAGCAUUUGUUCUCUUGGAACAAUUUUGUCAAACUUUUUUUAUUUCCAGCAGAAAAGAUAUAAUAACUGUGGAGAAAUGAGUGUUUUCUUGAGUGAGAAAUGAAUUUCAGACCUUGGAAAUAAAAUAGAACACAAUAAUGUGUAAAAGGCCUCCGAGUUGGCGACGUGAAUUUUAAUUGUUUUCUACUUUUUAAGUAGCAAUUGAAUAAAAUUGUGUGAUGUCUACAUUUUUUAGCUUCUGUUUCUGUUAUAGAAAGCACAUGUCAAAGUUCACAGGCAAUAACGUUUCAAAGAACUGACAUGAGCAAGUGGUGAAAACUGGUAUUAACCUGAAGAACGUUAGUUCUGUGUAAGAAGGAAAGCGGAAAUGGAGAGAUAACUGAAGAGAAAGAGCCAUUGAGAAAGACUCAAGGAAAACUUUGAACCACACUCACAGCUGAUAUAUGGACAUUGAGAGAUGAUAUCACUCGAUUAAUAUAUAUUUAACUUGUACUUUAAGAGACCCAAAUGGGGUGUGCUUUUAUGUUAUGUUUUUUAUAAACACAAAUGUAAGUUUUUAAGUAAACAAUUUAUAUUGGCUCUUCAGUAUUUUCUCUCAUCCUGUAGCCAUACUUUGAUUUUGCUUAAGAAAGAACUAUUGAAUUCUUUAAAUAUAUAUAUAUAUGUGUGUGUGUGUGUGUGUGUGUGUGUGUGUGUGUAUACACAUUCCUAAAAUGUCUGUGUGUGUAUUCCUUUUCUGCUUGUCAGUGGGACUAAGGCGUUUUAUAAUUUACUCUCCUGUGCAUGUUUCCUGAUCGGUUUAGAUAGCUAAGACAAAGAAAUAAAGUAGCAUGUACCUAAUGAAAUGCAAAUAGAAUUUUAGAGCUAGAAGUAACAUUACAGAUGAUAUGCUUUAUUUCAGAGACAAAUUGAAUCUUAAAUAGGUGUUUGCCCCGAGUUACAGAGCUAACUGCUGGCGGAGCUGGAUUAUACACAUAACCUUUAAAAAAUUACCCUAACACUUUCCCAGCUACACAUUCUGAAAUUUAUAGUAUGCCAAGUACAUGCUAUUAAGGAAACUGAAUUUGCACAUCUUUUCAUAACUCAAGUAUUAUUUCCCUUGGAACACUAGCCUUCCACUAAGUGCUCCUGUGUAACCAGACAAUACCAACCAGAUAAAGUUCUAUACAUCUUCAGAAAUUACCUUGUUUGUGAUAAUGGCUCUAAUAUUGGACUUCAGUUACUAAUUUCUUAUCUUUUUAUGCAAUCCUUUAAAAAAUAACUGUAUAAUUAAAAUAGUUCAUAUUUUUAAAAGUUAGCUAAACUUUGCUUCUGACUAUUGUUUCCUUUGUUGUUUAGUAAAUAUGAAGAAGAACUGACAUGAAAUUUAUAAGAAAGAAAUUUCAAGAUAUUUAUGCUUCUUGUUCAGUGUUUUUGAGGUCUGGGCUAUAGGUUUGGUUGAUCUUUAACUCAAUUUUAAUACUGAUUCUAGUUCUAAUGCUGUCAUCUUCAUAAGUGAGCCACGUGCGUGUGUGCAAAAAAGAUCAGUUUGAAAGACCAGUAUAGAGGAAAUGCCUUGCCUGGUUUUCUAAUCUGGUGCCUUCUAAGGAUACAAACAUUAGCCACAGGCAAGCAGAACCCAGUUUAUCUCUGAAACAGCUCCAACUUUACCCUUCUACAGGAGAGUCAGCCUCACAGUCCUACCUAAAAAUAAACUUGACACCAGACUUUGAUAAAUAAUCUUCUAAAAUGUGAAACAGGGAGUUUAAAAGGUGAAGUAUAUGGACAUAGGCAAGAUAAAUAUCUUCCCUAAAGUUAAAUGGUUUUUGUGUACUUUAAGUAGAUUAAGAAAUACUUGUUUUGAUAGAGUUCUGUGGCCAAAGACAAGACCUUUUACAAUAGAUUGCUGUUGGUUGGCUGCAAUAUUAGUAAGUUUGAACAUUAAAAAAAAUAAUAACCUGGGAAGAAAAAUCUACUUUGAAAAAAAUAGGGAAAAAGUGAGAGGAGCUUAGUUUUCCCCCUCAGUGUAGAGGUAGUGUUCACACUCAGAGGAUUUGUGCUUCUGCAACUAGUUGCCUUUCAAAUCCUGAGCCAAGUGACCUCCUUUGCCUGUCUAGCUCUUCUUAUCCUUUAAAUUUCAAUUUAAACAUGUAUUUGAGAACUUUCCUGGCUUCAUAGACAAUGUUUGGACCUCAUGCUGUAUGUUUCUGUGGCUCUUCCCCCCCAGUAUUUCCCUCACAUAUUAUGAAAUGUACUUUAUUAGAAUUAUUUCUUCAGCUUCUCAGGGUUUUUAUUUUUUAACUUUUAUUGAGAAUUCUUGUACCUUUAAAGGAAAUAGUCUUUCUUCCAAAUGAAAAAAUCAGUUGGAGAUAUCUGUGGCCCUCAGUUUAUUAUGCAGUACUUUUAGC